AUGCCCAGGUCAGAUGACACGAUUGAGAUGCCGACUCUGGGCCGCCCGUUCCAGCUGGGGAUGCUGUAUGACUGCUGCAAUGACUCCCUCAUUCCAGGCAUCACUUUAUGGGACCUGGAGACGCUUCGAAAUGAUAUAGAUGCAAAGCCGCAGUCCAAGACUGAAUUUCAGAUUGUUGCAUCUGACUCCAUUGAAGACAAGGCCUCUGCCCUGAAUGUCACAGCAUCGCUGAAGGCCAGUUUCCUGUGUGGCCUGGUGGAAGUGAGUGGCUCCGCAGAGUAUUUGAAUGAUACCAAGAUGUCAAAGCAGCAAGCCCGCGUUUCUCUCCAGUACUCAACUACGACACAGUUUAAGCAGCUGACUAUGAGCCAUAUAGGUCGCCAGAAUGUUUCUUACCCUGAUGUGUUUGACCAAGGCACGGCCACCCACGUGGUCACGGCUGUGCUGUACGGGGCACAGGCGAUUUUUUUGUUCGAUCAAGAAGUUUCUUCAUCUGAGAAUGUACAAGAAAUACAGGGAAACCUGAAGGUUAUCAUUAAAAAGAUACCCCUUAUUUCCAUCGAAGGAGAAGGCUCUCUCAGAAUGGAUGACAAAGAAAAAGCACAGGCUGAAAAAUUUAGUUGUAAGUUUUAUGGAGAUUUCACUCUUGAGAAGAAUCCAACUAACUUCCAAGAUGCCAUGAAAAUUUAUUCCACCCUCCCAGUGCGGCUGGGUGAGAACGGGGAGAAGGCCGUACCAGUGAGAGUCUGGCUGUACCCACUGACCAAGCUGGAUUCCAAAGCUGCUCAGAUGGUGCGUGAGAUCAGCACAGCGCUGAUCUUUGAUGUUCAAAUGGCCCUGGAGCAGCUGACAGAACUGGACAUGCGAUGCAACGACUUGGUAAAGAAUCCGAAAGUGAGAACCUUCCCUGAAAUGCAGAGGAAAAUCCAGCUAUUCAAAGAUCUGUGCAUGCAACACAGACAGAUUUUCCAGAAAGAACUAGCAAGAAUUCUACCUUCCAUUCGUGGAGGUGGAAAAGAGGAAGGGAUCCUGGUGGAUAUUUUAACCUACAAAAACCAGUCACCAUUCAAUACCCAGCAGCUCAAUGAAUUUCUGAAUAAAAAAGAACGAGAAAUGAAUUUUGUCAGUUCCUAUCUUUCUAUCCUAAGGGAUGUGGAAGUGGUGUCCUCCCAGAACAAACUGGAUGAAAUAGUUCUGGAUCCUGCGAAUGAGUUUGUCGUAGCCUUUGUGUUCACUUCACUAGAUGUACAAGAACCAUAUUUAUCAGAGUUAAGAAAGAAACCGAAAUGCCCGAAAAGCUGGUCAGACUUUACUUGCGUGAAUAAAUCUAAUGGGAAGACUCGAUUCAUUGUGGCCUCUGUCCCAGAUGAACACAACCCAGGAGUUUCAGUUUACCUCUAUGAAAAUGUAGACUUGGUCAGCGCUAACUAUGAACUUCCCUCAAAACCACUUCCUCUUCUGAUUGGUGGAGUCAGACAUGACUGUGUGCAGCUCACGCUGAAACCGGCAGCCUUUGGAUUUAAGGAAAUAUCCAGCUAUAGUGUAGAGCACAGGAUUGUAGGGCAGGAGAAUUGGACAGCUGUGGGUACAAACAGUAACCAGGAGACCUUCACAGUAACAGGGCUCCAUCCAAACACCGUGUAUGAGUUUCAAUACGCAGCAGUGAGCAAACCAGGGCGAAGUGUGAGCAGUGACGUGAGUGAUCCUGUGAAGACGCUACCCACCAGCCCGCCUGGAAAGCCAAAAAAAACCAUAGUAGAAUCAUCAGCCAUCACCCUCUCCUGGGAGAGUCCACGUGUCAUUGGCGAUGGAGUCAGUAUAAGCGAGUACAAGGUAGAAUAUAAAGAGGAAACCGGGGGUGAGCAGAAGGACAAAUGGCUGGAGCGAAGGACAGAAGAGAGAACCGAGUCCUGCACCAUUGAUGGACUGAGGCCACAGACGCCCUACAGAUUCCGGGUGUCGGCCGUGUGUGCGGACGGGGCUGUGAGUGACCCAGGGGAGGAGGUCUCAAUUACAACAGCAGGCGAGGAAUUAAAGACACUAGCACAAGAUUUCUACAAGAAGAGCACUCAGAUAGAAGAAGGGCAACCCUCAGUGUAUGCACUGCCCAUAGUGUUUGAUUCUAAUGCAGCACACCCAAAGUACAGGCUGGGGAGGGAGACCCUGCAGAUCCCUAACAAAGUGAUUAUGGUGAUGGGAGCUACCGGGUCGGGGAAAACGACUCUCAUCAACGGGAUGGUCAACUACGUCCUGGGUGUGCAAUGGAAGGAUGAAUUCAGGUUCAAGCUCAUCCAUGAGACAACAAACAGAAGCCAGGCUGAGAGCCAGACAUCUGAGGUGACGGCCUAUGAAGUUAAUCACACAAAGGGUUUCCAAGUCCCCUACUCUCUGACUAUCAUAGACACGCCGGGAUUUGGCGACACCAGAGGGAUAGAUCAUGACAAAGAGAUAAUAAGGAAAGUCCAAGGGUUCUUUUCCACCCCAGGGGCCAUUGAUCACAUCGACGCCGUCUGCUUUGUGGUUCAGGCCUCACUAGCUCGUCUGACCCACGCCCAGAAGUACGUGUUUGACUCGGUGCUCUCCAUUUUUGGGAAGGACAUAAAAGACAACAUCCAAAUCCUGGUCACCUUCGCCGAUGGACAGACCCCCCCUGUGCUAGAGGCCAUUAAAACAGCCGAUGUCCCUUGUGCUAAAGAUGCUCAGGGCAACCCUGUUCAUUUCAAGUUCAAUAACUCCACCCUCUUUGCCUGUAACGCUACAGCUGACGAGGGCAGUUGUAAUUUUGAUGAAAUGUUCUGGAGAAUGGGAGCCAUGAGCAUGAAGACAUUUUUUGGGGCUUUAUUGAAACUGAAAAGCAGAAGUCUGACAUUAACACAGGAGGUUCUCAGGGAGCGGAAGGAGCUGGAGGUGGCCGUGGAAGGGCUGCAGCCCCAAAUCAAAGCCGGCCUGGUGAAGCUGGAAGAACUGCGGAAGACACAGGAAGCUCUGGAGCAGCAUAAGGGUGACAUGGAGGCCAAUAAAGACUUUGAGUAUGAGGUGGAGAAAACAGUGCCAGAGCAAAUAGACAUCUCUGGGACAGGUGCUUAUAUAACCAACUGCCAGCGGUGUUUCUUUACAUGUCACUAUCCCUGUGGAAUCCCUAAUGAUGAUAGCAAGCGUGGGUGUACAGCAAUAAACAGCGAUACAGGAUGUUGCAUGGUGUGCCCUGGGAACUGUGUCUGGGAUGUUCAUUACAAUCAAAAGUACCGGUGGGAAUACAUACUAAAGAAAGAGAGACAGACCUAUGCACAACUGAAGGAGAAGUAUGAGAAGGCGUCUGGGGAGGUGCUGUCCACACAGAGCGUGGUUGAGAAGUUGUCUCAGGAAUACGCUGCAGUGGAACAGAUAUUAAUGGAUCUUAUUGAUAAAUCGUCUCGCAGCCUCCAACGUCUGCAAGAAAUCGCUCUGAAACCCAACCCACUGUCCACCCCGGAAUACAUUGACCUGCUGAUCAUGUCGGAGCAACAGGAACUGAAGCCUGGGUACCAGGAAAGAAUAAAAUCACUGAAGGAAGUGAGGGAGGUAGCUGAGAUAAUAAGAAAGAUUGCCAAUAGGGAGUCCCUGCUGCCAGGCGAGAAGGAUGUGUACAAGAAGCACGAAGAAAAACGGUCUUCAUUCAAAACAUUUGUGAAAGGAAAACUGGAUCUCGUUAAAAGCUGGUUUCAUUAAAAACAUUUUCAGCUUCCCCAUGAAAACCUAAUAGCCAGUUUAACCAAAGCAUGUAGCUUCGCCGUGAUCCAGGACUAGGGUCUCUUGCUGGUUUUAUAUCAUUUUCUAUUAAUAAUCAGUAGCCCUGAUUCUUCUCACUUACCCCACUUUUUAUUCCACUGACUUCAGUUCGCACCAGUGUUUCUAACAGCAGAAUCUGGUCUUUGGGAUUUGGGGAGGGAAAGUCGGCACCAGUGACAGAAACAGCAUUUCUCUAUUCUUUCAGCAAUGCGCAUUUCAUACCCAUUGUAGCUAAAUGGGCUUUAUUUGUUGCCCUGUGUAUCCACAUGCAGUGUGUUCUACUCCAUUCCCCGUGUGUUCAUGUAUUAUGAGU